AUGGACUAUCCUACUAGUCCGAUUAUUUUUGGUCUGCUGAUUAUUGCCAUUUUCACAUAUAUCCUAUCAGGACCCUCGGCUCCGUCAUCCGUGCCUCGCAAUCUUCCAUGGGUGGGUCGAGAUUCCUCUAGGUUCUUCUCGAAGCGUAGGGCUCCGAUUGAAAAUCUUGCCAACACUCCUAUAUUUCCCGGGAUUUCUGGCCCUCCAGAAAUCAUUAUUCCGAAUAAGUCUAUACCAUGGUUCCUCGAACAGCCAGAUAGUGUCCUGUCCGUGUCGGAAUGGCAUCGUGAAGUGCUUAUGGGAGAGUACAAUUUCACCCACAAUCAUAUCCUAAAGGAUCCCUAUCAUGAACAUGUUAUACACCGUUCCCUGAACCGCAACCUCCAACCCGUGGUAAUGGAUAUUUGGGAUGAGCUGGGACGUGCUUUUGACGGAACAUGGGGCAUGGAGUCUACAACAUGGGAGGGAAUCCCUCUCAUGGAGAACCUUAUGUUCAUAGACUCAAGAGUCUCCAAACGCAUGUUUGUCGGUACUCCGCUGUGCAGGAACAACAAUUAUCUCGUGAACAUGAGAAAGUUUUCGAUGGACAUUGUCGUCAAUACUUAUGUCCUAGAGUGGCUACCUAAAUUUUCAUGGCCCGUUAUAGCGCCCAUCAUCUGUGCUCGGAAUUGGUGGCACUAUUCGCAGACGGCGAAAUAUACGAUUCCUUUUAUCAAGGAGCGCCUGGGCCAUAUUCAACGGAAACGCAAUAAUCCUUCGUAUGACUGGAAGGAGCCAAACGAUUAUGUGUCUUGGCGUAUCAACCUUGCAAUGGCGGUGGAUAAGAAAGUCGAGAUCGAUCCUGUUAUGAUAUCCCAGCGAUUAAUGCCGCUUAACUUUGCCGCGAUUCACACCGCAACGAUAUCAGUUUCGAACACUUUCCUUGACGUUCUCAGCACCGACGGAUCUAAAGGUAUUGUGGAUGGCCUGAAGGAAGAAGUGGAACGUGAUUCGCUAGCCAAGCUCAUAAGGGCAGAUUCGGCGAUACGCGAAAGUAUGCGGCUGAAUAACUUCAUGGCGAUGGGUGCUCUACGCCGGGUGAUGCCAGCAGAUGGUAUCUUCAACAAUGAAAAGCAAUGGCCAGCUCCCCCAGGGGCGUAUAUCGGCUUGGACAUAUACUCCAUACACCAUGAUCCUGAAGUGUAUCCAUGCCCAAAUGACUAUGAUGCUUUUCAACCCAGUUCUGCAAAUGAAAGGGGUGCUACGUUAUCAAAGUUGAAUAAUGCGGAGAUGUUGAGCACAACUAGUGCGACCUUUUUAUCGUUUAGUCAUGGAAGGCAUGCAUGUCCUGGCCGUUUCUUCGUGUCAUAUCACCUGAAAAUGCCAAUAGCCUAUAUGCUGCUAAAUUACGAAGUCGAACCUCUUCCCCAGAGGCCAUUGAAUCAAUCAUUUGGCCAGGCCUCUUUGCCUCCCCCUAACCUUCGGAUUCGUGUUAAAAGAAAGCCCAUUGACAUGUAAGCUUGCAAAAAAAAAACAUAUUGUCGGCUGGUGCAGUACCGAUUAAGAUGUACGUUGGCUGAAUCUAGGAUAUUGGGAUAGUUAAGGUAUACCCAAGUGUUUCCAGAUUGUCUAUCCUUCUGUUAUACUUCGAAAAACUAAAUAGUCAUGCUAAAAUGCAAUCCAAUACAUCGAUUAUGGAUUAAUGAGUUAGGCAUGGCAAUUUCUGCAUAUGCGCAUUAUGAGGUCCAAAACCAGUGGCUAAAUACUAGGUAAAGUCUCUUGUCUCCGAGAGCUCAGUGUGUAGCAUCUGCAGUAUGU